AUGGGGCAUACCCCAGAGUACUAUUUCCAGCAGAAUGCGAGAGACCAGGAGGCCAACUUGGUUGCAUGGACUCUUCGCCAAGAAUCUCUGGGUUACGCUCCGUCCCAGAGUCAAAUCCGCGCCUGCGUUGUUGCCGUUCUGAAACAGCAAGGCUGCGACUCAAGAUUGGGACGUCAUUGGGAAGAAAAGUUCAUUCAACGCCAUCUGGAACUUAGAAGCAAGGUCGUGCACUGGUACUUUGACGUCAGGGAGAAGGAGUACGGGUGGAUCAAGCCGGAGAACACGGUGAAUGUUGAUGAAGGGGGGAUUAUGUCGGGUUUUGGUCUGGACAGUCUGGUGGUUGGAAGUUCGGACCCUAAACGGAAGACUCUUCUCAAGGGACCCCAGUCCCGCAGCUGGACCACUUUUAUAGAGGCCAUCACCGCUGACGGGCGCGCCUUGACUCCUGGCAUCAUAUUUAAGGGCAAAGAUCUCCAGGCACAGUGGUUUAAGGACGAGUUUCGAGAAUUUGCGGAUUGGAACUACAUAACUUCACCAAAUGGAUGGACGGACAACCACAUUGCCGUCGAAUGGCUUGAGGAAGUCUAUUUGCCUCAGACGCGACCUGACGACGACUCUGAGGCCAGGCUUAUCAUUCUGGAUGGACAUGGGAGUCAUGCAACGAUGAUCCCCUGGAUGAGUCGGUCGUCGUCGAAGAAGCAGGCCCCAGGAUCUCCCGCGUCGAGGCAUAUCAGCACCGUGGAGAUCUCCUGCGAGGCCUAUGCCUACUUUGCCCACGACGAGGACUCGUGUCAUCGGAGGGCAACCGUGCAGCACUUUGUGCUAUUUGUACCAUGGGAGUCUUUCAUGUGCGAAGAAAUGGGCGACAUCAACAGCAUCUGGGCGCGGGCGCGAGAGGCGCUGGCUCCGAGAAUAUCAUGUCUCGACGACAUCGUGCCGAUAUCGUGCGGCUGGUUCGACGAUCAGCCGAAGACGCAAAACGCGACGCUAAGCAAUGGGCAUCCUCAUCCGGAGAUGCCUAUCCGACGGUCGCACACGUGGAAGGGGCGGGACGGACGAGGCGGGCGCAGAAUCAACAGCGACGUAUCGGUCCAAACAGCAUCGGAAACGCAACGCAGCUGA